AUGCUUCUGCAUCGAUACGGUCCUCAUAGAAUGGUGACGGCAAUCGGUAUUUCUUCCACUAUCAUGGUUGCUAUUUCUCCUUACGUACUUUGCUGGUCAUUUCCUCUAUUCGUUCUUGUCAGACUUAUUCAAGGACUGGGCGUUGCCAUCCACUUCCCCGUAAUUGGCUGCAUAGUCAAUGAAUGGGCCGCGAUGGACCAACGGGGUUUGUUCGUCGCUGUCCUCUCAGCUUAUGUUGAACUUUGUGCUCUGAUCACAAUGCCCCUUGGUGGGCUCGUAGCUGUCAAAGGUAAUUCUCACUAUUUUCAACAAAAACGACAUAUGGGCACACAUGACGAACCAUCCUUACUAACCGUCGGAGGACGGUUGCUACGCGUUUAUUGCCGAGCAUUUCUGAGCAAUCAAACAUCAAUUCUAUGUGUUAAAUUACCUAUACGGAAAGGUAGGCUGGCAGAUCUGCAUCAAAGUUUUAACAAACCACAUACCGUUCACGGUCACUGUCACUUGCGCAUACGUCGAAAAAGAGAGCGGGAGGAUAGAUGGAACAUUUAUUUCUAUCAGGCAACCCCCUCCAUCAUAACAUUUAGGGACGUCUUGUCCAGAUCUUUGAAUCUCAUAAGGAACUUUCAGAUAAGAUUGUUAAAAUUGAUGUCAGAAAAAGGCACCUUAACCGAAACCUAA